AUGACAAGUUUCCUACAAAGAUUUUAUGAUAAUGUGACACGAAAAAAAACUUAUGAUACUGAUUCAUUGCAUACUUCGCAAUUAAAACGAUGUUUAACUGUAUUUGAUCUUACUAUUUUGGGUAUUGGAUCAACAUUAGGCACAGGAACAUAUAUUUUAACAGGUCAAGUGGCUCAUGAAACAGCAGGACCAUCAGUAAUACUUAGUUUUCUGAUUGCAGCUAUUGCAUCAAUUCUUGCUGGUGUCUGUUAUGCUGAAUUUGGUACCCGAGCACCGCGUGCAGGUAGUGCGUAUACAUAUACAUAUGUUAGUGUCGGCGAAAUUAUGGCAUUUAUUAUCGGCUGGAAUAUGAUUCUUGAAUAUGUAAUAGGCGCAGCUAGUACGGCACGAGCAUUAAGUGCUUAUUUUGAUUCGCUUAUUAAUUUUGCAAUGAAAGAUUAUUUUACUAAACAUUUUCCAUUACGUUCCGAAACUUUUGCACCAUAUGCUGAUUUAUUUGCAAUGACUUUAUGUCUUGUAAUAACCGUACUUUUAAUCGUCGGUAUUAAAGAAUCAGCUGUAUUGAAUAAUAUAUUUACAUUUGUCAAUCUAAUUGUUAUUGCACUUGUUGUCGUUGUUGGUGUGACAAAAAUUCAUGUAGAUAAUUGGAAAAUCUCACCAGAUGAAAUACAAAAUUUAACUAAUACUACAUAUAUUGUUGGUAAAGGUGGUUUUUUUCCAUUUGGUAUUGAAGGAACCUUAGCUGGCGCAGCAACAUGUUUUUAUGCUUUUGUUGGUUUUGAUCUUGUUGCUACAACAGGUGAAGAAAGUAAAAAUCCACAACGAGCGAUUCCAAUGUCAAUUUGUUUAACAUUAAUCGUAUGUUCAGUAAUUUAUUGUUCUGUAUCAAUUGUAAUAACAUUGAUGGUUCCAUAUUAUCUUUUAAAUCCUGAUGCCGUUUUUCCGGAAGCAUUUCGUUAUGUUGAAUUACCAGCAUUUAAAUAUAUAAUUGGCGCUGGUGCAUUGACUGGUAUAUUUGCUUCAUUACUUGGUUCACUUUUACCAUUACCACGUGUUUUAUAUGCUAUUGCUGCUGAUGGUUUAAUAUUUCGUUUUAUAUCUUGGAUACAUCCACGUUUACAAACACCAAUCAUUGCAACAAUUCUUGGUGGAAUUGCUGCAGCACUUAUGGCAUUAAUAUUUGAUUUAAAAAAAUUAGUUGAAAUGAUGUCAAUCGGAACAUUACUUGCUUAUUCGCUUGUAUCUAUUUCCGUCUUAUUUUUACGUUAUCAACCUGUUGAUGACCCACUUUUACGUUCAAUUACACCAGUUAGUGGACCUAUAUAUAAAGAAUUAUUUCGACCAUCGCAAACACAUCCAACUGUAUUAUCAGCAAGAAUAACAAAAUAUUUGAUUACGUUGUUAGUUCUUAAUGGUUUUAUUCUUUGUUCAAUACAAAUAUUUGGUUCACAUCGUCUUGCAGCUAAAGAAACAGGCAUGAUAAUAUUAUUUUGUAUUUUUAUUAUUGUGGAAAUUAUUCUUGUUGCUGCUAUUGCACGACAACCAAAAAGUGAAAAAUCAUCAUAUUUUGAGGUGAGUUAUAUACUUUUAGGUUUUCAAAGGGGAAAAAUUUAA